AUGUUCGAAUCGAAACAGGAAACGGAUACAAUGCUGCUGGUGUUGAACAGUUGGAUCGGACUCCUUCUUGGGAUCCUCUCGAUUUCAGCAUCCUACGGUCUUAAGCUAAAAUCGGUUAGAAUUCCGCCGUACAAGUAUCGCACCGAAUCAGCCCUGCUUGAAUGCCAUUACGAGCUUAACGGUCAACGUAAAGGGCACAGCUCACUAGACGGCUCUAAUCGACGACAUCAUGCCUAUCAGAGCGACUAUCUCAGUGAACGCUUCGACGAGGAGGAGAAGCUGUACUCAAUCAAAUGGUACAAAGACAACGAGGAGUUCUAUCGUUACGUGCCGUCGGCUUCGCAACCGAUUAAGAGUUACAAAAUCGAGGGUAUCCGGGUCGACCCAAACCAUUCCGAUGGUACGAAGGUGUUGCUGCGAGGGCUUACGCUUAAAUCCUCCGGUAACUAUCGAUGUGAGAUCUCGGCCGAGGCUCCCAGCUUCGACUCGGUUCAGGGUGAAGGUCGAAUGGAUGUGAUAUUUGUUCCAAAGGAUGGGCCACAUAUAAGUGACAGUGAGCGAAAAAGUUACCACAACGGGGAAACGAUGGAGUUAAACUGCACCUCUGGUCGCUCAUACCCCGCUUCAAAUCUCCAAUGGUACCUGAAUGAUGUGCUCGUUACAGACCCGAACAGCAUUAUACACUAUCCCUCGGUGCAAAAUCAGCAUGGGCUGAUUACCACCUUUCUUGGCUUGAGUAUAGUCGUCAACCAUCGGCACUACAUCGAUGGGACGAUACGGAUAAAGUGUAUGGCAAGCUUAUCUCCCGUCUUAUGGCGUGGCGGACAAGAGAGUAUCGUCCAGUGGGAGCAACCAACCAUCGACAAUCGUGUUGCCAUGCUAUUGGUGAAAAGUUCCGGUAACGCGCAAAGCUGGAAUAGUUGUAUCGUAUUAGUGAGUUUCAUACUUUACCUACAAAGGAUGAUAGUUACACGAAUAGCGUAA